ACACCAGGUCUGAUGGAGGAAGACUGGGCUAGAGCCCUGGGUCUGAGAGAAGAGAGCUAGCUAGGGUUUGCACUCUGGGUCUAAUGGAGGAGGGUUGGGUACCUAUGACCCUGGCUCUGAUGGAGGAGGGCUGGGGUCUGGAGCCCUGGAUCUAAAGGAGGGACAGGAUCUGUACCAUGUUUGAGCUUAACCCUCUCAGGAGGGUUAAACCCCUGGGACCCUGGGCCUGAGGAAAAAGGCUGGGGUGUGUGCCCAGGGUUUGAGGAAUAGGGGAGAUGAAGAGGUGAUGGUAUGAGUUCUUGAACCUCAGUUGAGGGAAGGGGCGGGCAUUUGCAGUCCCUGGUAUUGGUCCAGGUCUGGCUGCAAGCCCAGUCCCCUAUCCCCUCAGGCCAGUCCAUUCCCCAGGCUGGUGGCCUGAGUCACCUUGGCUAGCCCACAUGGUCUGGGGGGGGGGGGGCUACGUCAGCUCUCCUCUCACUGACGCAGCCUUGGGCCCCCCACGCUGACUCAGCCGGAAACAGGCCCCCUGAGGGGCGGAGACCCAGUGGUCAGAAGCCUGGGUCCCAGCAGGAGCAGGGGCUGAGGAGGGCCCCUGGGGGGCCCCUCAAAGGGGUGGUGUGACAGACCAUGAAAGGGAGAGAAAGAGCUCUUACCUGAGGCGAUGAGGUCAUGUCCUACCAUGGGGGGCUGUGACCUCACCUCCUGGGGGAUCUGAGCAGUUCUUUUCCCCCUAGUGGUGGAAGGUGGGGAGGGGAAAUCUUUGGCUGCCAGUCAGUCCCAGAGCCAGCUUCCCCCCACCCCCCAAUCUCCAGCCAAUGCAUUAGUCCCAAAUGACAGGCAUGGGUGGUCUGCACAGAGAUUUUUAUUUUUUUUGAAGUCCAAGUCACUGACCUGUGCUCAGAGCCAUCGCAUUCUCCUCCUGGGCAUGAGUUCCUCUGCCCCAUCCCUUGAAGGGCUGUGAAUUCUGAGCCAAUGGUAGUCAGUCAUCCAUUGAACAUGGUCGUGUGGGCAUUGCUGCAGUCUGGCGUGCUCUACUCUUACCUGGAUAGACAAAUACGGCCCCUUCUCUGGAUGCCCACUCACUUUUGCCAUCUUUCCCAGGAAGACUCCCCGUGUCCCUGGAAGACUGAUAACUGUAACCCUGAGACAGCAAUGGCUCUCUGGUAGUCACUGCACAUCACUCUCACAGUGGCAUUCAGCAAUAGGAAGGUGUUUGUCACCUGGUCCUGGUGGUGCUGAGCCUCUGGCCAGAUAGAGCCAUUGCCCCUGGGCCACCAUCUGGCUCCCCUCGAGUCUCUUCAGACCCUCGCGCAGAUCUGGACAGCGCUGUCCUCCUGACCCGAUCCCUUCUGGCAGACACUCGGCAACUAGCCGCACAGAUGAGAGACAAAUUCCCAGCUGACGGAGACCACAAUCUGGACUCCCUGCCUACCUUGGCCAUGAGUGCUGGGACGUUGGGAUCUUUGCAGCUUCCAGGUGUGCUGACAAGGCUUCGAGUAGACUUGAUGUCCUACCUCCGGCAUGUCCAAUGGCUGCGCAGGGCAGGUGGUCCGUCCUUGAAGAUUCUGGAGCCAGAGCUGGGUGCCCUGCAAGCCCGGCUGGACCGGCUACUUCGUCGCCUACAGCUCUUGACAUCUCGCUUGGCUUUGCCCCAGGCAACCCCAGACCAACCCACAGUCCCCUUGGGUCCUCCUGCUUCAGCCUGGGGAAGCAUUCGGGCAGCUCAUGCCAUCUUAGGAGGCUUACACCUGACCUUGGACUGGGCUGUACGAGGUCUGCUCUUGCUAAAGACUCGGCUGUGACUCAAGACUGAAAGCCACCACCGAUAUCAUCUUUUAAAGCCACAUUUUUAUUUAUUUAUUUAUUUUGUUACUUGGAGUGGGGGGCCUGAUGAUCAGGGACAUGCCACACCCCACACAAGCUGACACCCAGCUAAAUACAUUUCCAGGAGACCUUGGUGAGGGGGGGAUCACCUGUGUGGCUUAU